UCAAAGCAACCUCUCAAUUCAACUCAACCACCCUUGAAGAAUCCAAAAUAAACACAACCCACAAUCACAACCACAGCCUCCAUCACCACCAUAACAACUAUAACAACUAUAACAACAACUUUCUAGAUCUCUAAAUCAUUAAGAUCAUCAAUUACAUUACUCAAUUCAUACAUGCGCACAACUUCGCAGACAAGAAAAUCCCCAGUACGCCCCACUACGGACACAUUAGAAGCAAUCAACAACUUCCUCGAGAUCAACGAAUACCCCUCAACUCGAUAAUAACCUCGUAUUUUCGCACUCCAAACUUUGACCUCAUCGCCGCCUUCUUUUCUCAUCGGACAACGACUGGUGUUAUACUAUUUUGAUGCUACAUUAAGCGCAUACAAUUUAAGACGACUUCCAAUAGAACGCGACCUUGUUUCCGCGCCUCGAUACUUCAUCUCAUAUAUCUGUUCCAAGAUACCCUAUUCUCACAAAAAAUACAUAUACAAUGGCUGAUGUGCUGACAGCAAAGCUAGCGGCUACUAAGAUCAAGUAUGAUCACCGUUCCUUGAUGUAUUUCAACUGUUGCUGAUAUGAGGAUAGUGAUGACGCUUCCCCAGACAACUGGAAAGCUGGUCUAAACAUCCCAGCGAAAGAUACGAGGCAGCAGACUGAGGUACCCAAACAUACUACUGUUUUACUUUUCAUCGGAGUCGCUAACGAGUCUUUGUAGGAUGUUACUGCCACCAAAGGCCUCGAGUUUGAAGAUUUCUCCAUCAAGCGAGAUCUGUUAAUGGGCAUUUUCGAAUCGGGUUUCGAAAAGCCGUCACCAAUUCAAGAAGAGGCAAUCCCUGUAGCUCUUACGGGACGGGACAUACUGGCUAGAGCGAAGAAUGGUACUGGUAAAACUGCCGCCUUCGUCAUUCCCGCACUCGAACGUAUCAACCCGAAAAGCGGCAAGGUACAAUGUCUCAUCUUGGUACCUACUCGAGAACUGGCCCUCCAAACAUCACAAGUCUGCAAAACUCUUGGUCAACACCUAGGCGUCAACGUUAUGGUUACUACUGGUGGUACGACCCUACGAGAUGAUAUCAUGCGUCUCGCAGAACCUGUUCAUAUCAUUGUCGGCACACCAGGUAGAAUUCUCGACUUGGCCGGAAAGAAUGUAGCAGACCUCAGUGAAUGCAAUAUGUUUAUCAUGGAUGAAGCUGAUAAACUCCUCUCACCCGAAUUUACUAUUGUUAUUGAACAACUUCUUCAAUUUCACCCCAAGGACAGACAGAUUAUGCUCUUCAGCGCAACCUUCCCCAUGACCGUCAAGGAUUUCUCAGAUAAGAACAUGGCCAACCCUUAUGAAAUCAAUCUUAUGGAUGAACUUACUCUACGUGGUAUUACUCAAUUUUAUGCUUUUGUCGAAGAAAAGGAGAAAGUUCAUUGCCUCAACACUUUAUUCUCCAAACUACAGAUCAAUCAAUCCAUCAUCUUUUGCAACUCUACAAAUCGUGUCGAACUUCUUGCCAAGAAAAUUACCGAAUUAGGCUACUCAUGUUUCUACAGUCAUGCGCGCAUGAUACAAGCUAAUCGAAACCGUGUAUUCCACGACUUUCGAAAUGGUGUCUGCCGCAAUCUUGUUUGUUCUGAUCUUUUGACUCGUGGUAUCGAUAUUCAAGCAGUGAACGUUGUUAUCAACUUCGAUUUCCCUAAGAAUGCCGAAACUUAUCUUCAUCGCAUUGGUAGAUCAGGCCGAUUUGGACAUCUUGGUCUCGCAAUCAACCUCAUCAGUUGGGAGGAUCGUUUUAACUUGUAUAAUAUCGAGCGGGAGCUUGGAACAGAGAUCGCACCCAUUCCAGCGAUUAUUCCCAGAAAUCUCUAUGUCUACGAAACCCCCGAAAACAUCCCACGUCCUGUUUCCAAUUUUCAAACCAACACCCGUCAACCAUCUGGACGUGAACAACAACAACAACCUACCCAGCACUCUGGGAAUCAGAGAUCUUCUGGUCAAUUUAAUAAUUUUAAUAAUGGACGCCAGAAUGGUUCUGGUCAAAACCAGAGUCAAGGACAGGGGCAAGGACAAGGACCAAGACAAAAUCAAGGUCAGCGUCAAAGCUAUCCUAGAGGCCGAGGAGGGUUUGGUGGUGGUAGAGGAGGUGGUCAAGGACCACGACAGAAUGGCUUUGAUAACCCUAGAGGUCGAGGCCAGGGUCCACCGGCUCAAUAGGCUUGUGUGUCAACCAUGUUGCAUGUGAUGAUGAUGUUUGGAGUCUUGUACAUAUUACCUUUCUAUUAUUUUGCGAUAGACUCGAUUUUUACGACGGACACGGCUGCGGGAUUUUUUUUUGCACUCGACGUUGAGCUGUUUCUGGAUGCACCCCGCUACUCGACUCGACGUUUGAUCAGGCUCAUGAAUAUCUUCGGCUGGGCGCUGAAUUUCCGUGUUUGUAUCAUACGACUCUCGUUUUUUCGGUUUUCUACCUUUCAUUUCUCGACAGAUCACUACUUUGGGUCGCAUGAGUAGUAGUGGAUAGCAAAAGUUUCAGCGAAUUCGCUCUGGUACGACGACAUGGCGUAUGUGGCGUUUAAGGAAGGCACUCACAGGAGUGGUCUUUCAAGUCUAGACUGGUUCUGCUGUCAAGGCAUUUCUGGGAUGGGCGAUGGUGUAUUUCUUUUUCGGUUUCGGUUUCUGGGCUCAUUUUCGUGGGCUUUUGGUGGAUGGGUGAUGGAUGAAUGGGCAAAUAGGUGGAUUAUUUGUUCGGCUAAUGUUGGCAAAAGCGAUUCAACCAAAAAAGGGCUCAUGGCGAGCAUUGAAGCGAAGAAGGGGAUGAGGAAAGGGCGUUGUUGGGAGUGCUCUAAAAUGGCAAUGAUGGUCACUUCUCACCCUUUUUGAAGUGGGAAGCACGACAUCCGGGAUAAGGGGAUAUGAUACCAAAAUAAUAUAAAAAAAAGUUAGGGAGGAACCUAUGAUCUUGAUUUCAGUUUGGAUCGAGCAUGGACUUGAUAGCUGACAUCAU